AGAGUUUGAUGCUUGACAGAAGUCGAGAGUGAAAUUAACGGAACGGAACUGUGAAGACAUAUCGCACAACUGCUUUAGACUUAGGUUAGUCAAACCAAACGAUUCAGCACUACUGCUCAACGGUCAACCAAUACAAAAACACUCGGUGCAGCGAAGCAAAAAAUCGGCUUUUGUCCAAUAAGCCCUCUGCAUUGACAACUGGGCAAACGCUCAUGUUCCACAUUCAUGAAUUCAAGCACAAUGCCCUCUCCAAACGGGGAAGCAUUCUUCUUGCCAGCAGAGAGGGCGCAGGGGCUGGCCAAUUAUCCCCAUGCGCGCAUUGUCCCUGCCAGCCAGAAAACUCUGUUUGUCUCUGGAACGUCUUCAAGGCGGGGCGACGGAAGUUAUGCGGGGUGCACAACUGAUGCCAGCGGUAACCACACUCUCGACAUUCGGGAACAGACGAAAGCUGUUCUUGAGAACAUUCAGUCAAUCAUCAAGGGCGCAACCAAUGGAACAGCAGGCUUGGAGUGUGUACUCAAUGCUACGGUAUUCCUGACAGAUAUGAAGGAUUACGCAGGCAUGAACGAGGAAUGGAACAAGGUUUGGCCCGACAAGACCAAGGCUCCCGCCAGAACAUGCAUCCAGGUAGCCGCACUGCCGAAUGUGAGGCUGAACGUCGAAAUCCAAUGUACAGCGUUGUAUUAGGAUACCUCACAGAAAGAAAGUUGGGAGGACUCGAGCAGAGAGUAGGACACCAAUUUCAUGAAGGCACUCUCUGUUAAUUGACAACCGUACCCGUAUAAGGGCGUUACUUCUAACAGAAGUUUUCCUCAAAUUCGGUAGCUAUAACUUUCUGUAGUUGGGUUCUACAACCGCCCUUAUAACUAGUACUAGAGGCAAAACAAGGUUAGGUUAUUGGCAUGGCACAAGAAAGUUGAGCAGGGUGUGAAUGAGAGGUUAAAACGAUUGAUUGAUCGGGAAUUGAGUUAACAAGAUUCCAUUUCAUCUCAUGAAGCUAGUAACUACCUGAGCUCACCACACGCAUGAAAAUUGGUGGUGCAAGAUGGUACUUCUUCUCUGGCGCCCCGUGGCUCUGAAUUCCUGUUUUCUCCUGCCUAGGGCCGACAAUGUGGUGUGCUGACGC